CAUUUGUAGUAGUAGUUGUGAGUAUUGUAGUGGUUGUGGUUUUGUGGGGUCUUGUAGUUGUAGGUCUUGCAGUAGUUGUAGUUGUAGGCCUUGUAGUUGUAGGUGUUGUAGACUUGAAGUAA